GCACGAGGAUACCACCGCCCGCUUGGAUUCGUUAUCCCGAGACCACGAAAUAGCGAGGCGGUUGGGAAGAACCUUUUGAUGCCGUCUUCUCCAAGUCUCCUCUCUAUGCCACACGGCGAAGAAGCGAUUGGUUUGCGUGUGCCGAAGUUGGUAGGUGGAGAUUCUGGUUCGCAGGAGUAGAGGCGGUUGUUCGAUAAGGGAAAGGCGGGAUUUUUAGUUCGUCCUGGGUGGUUUCUUCUUGGCGUCGAUUUCCUCGGAGAAAACCGCUCGCUCUAGCCGAAAGAUUCAGUCCUCGCGGAGAAGGAAGACGAAAAAUCUAAGAUAAGUUUUGAUCCCGCACUUGCCUGAAGCUCUUUUCUAAAUUUCUGCAGGAAUAGUUUGGUUUCUGGGUGCAAGUUUAGGUUUUCAUUGGCGGGUAGGGAGUUUGAAGCAAAUCUUAUUGAGGGCUGUUAUAUUAGUUGGAGAAUCUUUGAAGGCUGUUCUAGUGAAUUAGAGAGGGAAAGAUGAGAUCUUUGAUGCGGGAUUAAGGUUUCAUAGCUAUUCGAUUGUGGAAAACUAGCUGUUGUGACCAAGUCUCUUUUUUUCUGCUUUCUCAGAGUACUGUCUUUAUACUUGAUCUUGAUUUGUUUGUUCUCCGAAACUUUUGCACCUCACCGAUCAGCGAUUUCGAGUCGAAAAAAAGAUCUUUGAUUCUACUGGUGAACAAGUCUCAGAGGUUGCCUUUCUUUCCGAGAUAGGGGAAUGUAAUCUUGCCGUCGAGGCAUCUCCCGAGUAUAGUAAAUCCCUUCCAAGAGAAGCUAGGGUAAGGAAGGCGAUGGAGAAGAAAGACAUCAUAUCGGAUGACAGUGCCGUUGCUUCACUUCAGGAAGUUGUGAUUCUGAAAGAAAGGUCAAAGAAGAAGAAGAAGAAGAGCCGGAAGGCACAGGAGAAGGCGAUGACAGAGAAGUAUGUUGAAGUUAAGGAAGAACCUAUAAGGGUAGUGAAGUUAGUCUUAGGGGAUGAUAUAAGAUGGGCCCAAAUACCAGCUGAUUGCAGCAUGAUACAUCUGAGAGAGACUGUUGGUAAAAAAUUCCCUAAUUUAAAGGCCAUCCUUAUCAAGUACAAGGACAAAGAGGAUGACUUGGUGACGAUCACUACAUCUGAAGAGCUAAGGUGGGCUGAAGAAUCUGCAGAUCCUCAGGGUUCACUCAGGCUUUAUCUAACAGAAGUUAGUCCUGAGAAUGAACCAUGGCUUGCAGACAUAGAAACUAGUUCUUCAUUGAAAGGGCAGGGAAGAAAUUAUGUUGACAUUUCAGAAAAUGGAAGCGGAAAUUCUGACGAGAAGAGCUUGUCAACUUACAUUGAUGACUGGAUCGUGCAGUUUGCUCAGUUAUUCAAGAACCAGUUGGGUUUCAGUUCUGAUGCAUAUCUGAACCUUCAUGAGCUUGGUAUCAAGCUGUACUCUGAGGCAAUAGAAGAUACUGUCACGAGUGAAGAAGCCCAAGAAAUUCUUAAACUUGCUGAGGGGAAAUUUCAAGAGAUGGUGGCUCUUGCAUUGUUUAAUUGGGGAAAUAUUCAUAUGUCUCGAGCAAGGAAAAAGUUGUUCUUGUCAGAAGAUGCCUCCAAGGAAUCUGUACUUGAAAGGGUCAAAGAGGCAUACAAGUGGGCUCAUGCUGAAUAUAUUAAGGCAGGCAAGAGAUAUGAAGAAGCCUUGAAAACUAAUCCUGACUUCUAUGAAGGGCAUUUUGCACUAGCUCAGCAACAGUUUGAGCAAGCAAAGCUUUCUUGGUAUUAUGCUAUUGGAAGCAACAUAGACUUAGAUGUUUGGCCUUCAGCAGAAGUCUUUGGGUUAUUCAAUGAUGCCGAGUAUAACAUGGAAAAGGGCACGAUGAUGUGGGAAAAGAUGGAAGAGCAGCAAUUGAAGGAAUUGACCCAGCCUAGAGAAUUAAGAGGCCUCUUGGAGAAGAUGGGUAUGAAUGGUUAUUUCAAAGAGCUGCCAACAGAAGCAGCAAUGGAACAUACAUCUAACAUGAGAUCUCAGAUAAACAUGCUAUGGGGCUCUAUGCUCUCUGAGCGUUCUGCUGUGGAAUUCAAACUAGGUCUUCCCACGUGGGAAGAGUGUCUCAUGGCAGCUGUGGAAAAAUUGAAACUUGCAGGAGUUUCCUCAGCUAAUGUUGCUGUUAUUAUAAGAAACCACUGUGCCAAUGCAACUGCCCAAGAAGGGUUUUCCUUUAAGAUUGAUGAGGUGGUUCAGGCAUGGAAUGAGAUGUAUGAUGCUAAAAGGGGGAUGGAUGGUUUGCCAUCUUUUCGACUUGAGCCAUUGUUUCACCAGAAGGCUCCAAAUUUGUGUCAUAUGAUGGAAAAUAUAUGAUACAUAUCUACCAGCGUCUGUCAAAAAAUACAUGAGAUCAAUGAAAGCCUUGUGUCUUUCUGUCAUCUAAGAUUUUUUCUGCAUGGAUGGAGAUCAUAAUUUGGCGGACACAAUUGACUCAAUACUUUUUGGUCACACAAAAAUUACAUCAUUGAUUGUAUUUGUUGCAACCAUCAUUUGUUCUUUGGAUAUGUUAUAGAAAGUUCUUUCCUUUUGGCCUUCGAAGGACAGUGUGUGUGAUAGUUUUUGUCAAUGGAAGCUUAUGCCUUGUACUUAAACAAGUUCUGGUAUGAUCAUCUGUAAUUGUUUGAGAGUUGAAUAGCAGAUUGUUUUUGGUGGCAUUA